AAUCUUCACACAUUGACAGAUCUGCAUCUGCUGAUGAUAGUGAACCUGAUGUUAAAUCAUUGAUUGAGAACUUGAAGAAUGUGAUAAUGAAGAAAUUGUCUGUGUUAUGUAUAACUGAGUCUCUCAUAUCUCUUCUUAUCUCUUCUGCUGCUUCUUUCUCUACUGCUUCUCUCUCUGUCUCUUUCUCUGCUACUUCUCAAUCUUCUAUACUUGUCUCUAUGUCUGGUUCUCCUGCUUCUGCUAUCUCUGUUCCUGUGACUCUCACUUCUGUUACUUCUGAUUUUGUCAUCUCUGCUUUCAUUACCAGCUCUCCUCAUUUUCAGGAGAUAUUGUGUAGACUUAAUGAACUAUGUUUAUCAAGAAUUGUUCUUCUUCUUAACAGUGUUAAAAUCAUAA